GUCCCACAUUUAUGACCAUUCUGAAGAAAUUGUCCUUGCACCCUAACGCACUAGAUUGUGUCACAAAGGCUGCGAAGGAGGAUUUUUGCUGUUGUCUGUGGGAGGGAGCAUCAGUGUAUGAAAUGAACAAGAAUAUAAGUGAUCGCUUUGGAAGGACUGGGCUCAAAUUUUCCCAAUCUACUACUUUUUUCAUUGACGACGGACUGGUUUAUCAAAAACGAGCAAUUUUUCGUCGUCAUUUUGAUUUCACAAUUUGGAAUGCCAUCCAAAUGGGACUUGUCGAUAAAUGGAUUGAAAUGGAUAUGUACAAAGUUCGAAAGGCGAGACAAGAUUUAAAGCUGGAUGGUGAUGAUUCAAACACCUUCAACGACGAAGAUGGACCACAAAAGUUAAAAGUGCAGCAACUAGUGGGGGGAAUCGUUCUUAUACUUAUUGGAAGUGUGGCAGGGUUUAUGGGAGUUUUGACUGAAAUUCUAGUCCCAUUGUGGUCGUGGAGAAAGCAUAAAAGAGAAAUAAUGGUCAUAUAAAUUAUAAGUGUUUAACAUGAGUUAUUAAU